UGUCAAUCAUCGUUGUCAAUGUCAGAAGUUUGGGGGCUUUGGGGUUUUCGUAAACAAAAUCAUUAAUAUUUGUUAAAUUAAAUAUAUUAAAAUAAGUAUUGAAAGAAUCUUUCUUUUUCUUAGAGAAAAGAUUUGCUACUACAAUAUAUAUUGCAGAUUAGGAAACCAAUAUUAGAUCCUAAUUUGCUAUGGUUAUCAUGGAUACAGCGGGAGGUGUUGGAAGCUUAGAAGAACAAGCACUCAAAAGAAAAGAAAGGCUUAAAAACCUUAAGCGUAAAAACCCUACAAGUGAAAGUUCAAACAAUGAUACGCCCAGUGAGUUUGUGCCACUUCCAAAGCCAAAAUUCAGAAGUUACAAACCGCAGGAUGAGACGCUUCAGGAAGCCAAGUUAGAGGAUGCUGAACCAGCGGCCGUAGAAGCUGAAGUGAAGGAACUACUUGAAGCUGGCAAGGAGAAGAUAGUUCUACAAGAUUUAGAUAUCUCAAGUUUAGCACCACGUAAACCAGAUUGGGAUCUCAAAAGGGAUGUGGCAAAGAAAUUAGAGAAACUGGAGAGAAGAACACAAAAGGCAAUAGCAGAGCUGAUAUGGGAAAGAUUGAAACAAGGUAAUGAAGAUAACUUGGGGGCCAUGGUAACUAUGACUGAUAAUAGAGCCACUGAAGAAGAUUGAU